AUUCACACGUUUGCAGGCACCAACAAACUGCAGGUCUGACCGCCGGUGCUUCAGUACUGUUAUUGAUGGGGACUGUACAGGUUACCACGUCAUACAUCAGUGCUCCUCCGUGUGUCCGUGUGAACUUGCGAAUCGCACACUCCCCAGAAAGAAACAGGAGAGCUCGGUGUGAUACGACUGGCGGGGCAGGUCAUGUUACAAAAGACCGUUGACUUGACCUGCCACACGGCAUUCUGACAGUUUCUUACUAUCGGCCACGCUCCACUACACCCAAUGGUGCGCACUCAGCGUGGUGCCAAAGCACGAUAGAGAGAUUAAAAAACCCCGUGCUGAACACUUCUCUCAUUCUUUCGCCGACACACACACAUCCGCAUACCGUACCCCUUAACUUCAAAGGGUGAAAAUAUUUCCGAUAGCGAGAUCCGAGCGUUUUCUUGUGCAGCGCGUCGGUCGACCGAGAUCGCCUCAAGUUCAAAAAGUUCGGGUGAGGGAGAUCGAGGUCCGUGCACGGGUACAGUCCCCCUUUUUUUUUUGUCGACAGGGAGGUUGUGAAACGCGCCACGCCACGCGCCACGCGGCGGGUGGAUCAUGAGUGGGGCCCGCGGGUUGUGGCUGCACAGCGUGGCUGCCGACGUUGACGGGCUUCGAACGCCGCGAGCUGGCGGUCAAGGGAGGUGAAUGCGUCGCGCCGCUGAUCAGGAGUUGCUGUUCCUGGCCGGCGCGUUCAGGAGCGGUUGUCAGUGUGGGACAGUAGUUUCCACGUCGGCUGUGUGUUCAUAUUAAUUGAGAAUAAUAGGUUUUGUGGAGAAUGUCUGGUCCAUUGUUGUAAACUGCUUUUGAAAGUUUGAGCAAGGAAAUCUAUCCAAGCAUGCAGACGGCACCAUUCUCCUGAGGCUCCAAGUGAGCCCGCCGCCAUGGCACAUCAAGGCAGCGACAGAAGUGACGACAUCGACGAGAAAGGCCGGCAAGUUAUUUUAAACCUGACACACGACGCCAACAUGAUGUACUACAACACGCUCCUCAACAACACCACCACCCACGAGGCCAACGGCAGCGAGGACAACGUGGGCGAGAGCAUCGAGGCUUACCAAUUCGUCUUCUUCGGCAUACUGGGCCACGUGCUGACCGUCUUCGGCCUGCUGGGCAAUACUAUGUCCAUCGUGGUCCUGUGCAACCGUCGGAUGCGCUCUUCCACCUCCUACUAUCUCAUCUCCUUGGCCGUCUACGACAACCUUAUCCUGCUCUCCAUGUUCUUCUUUUUCAACCUGCCGGCGCUGGCGGAGCGGAUUGAAGCGUUGGCUGUGUACAAGAACAACUACAUGCACGCUCUACCCGUGGGGUACCCGCUGUCCCUGACCGCGCAAAUGGGGUCCAUCUACACCUGCGUGGCCUUUACCGUCGAGCGCUUCAUCGCCGUGUGCCGCCCGCUUCACGCGGCCAACACGUGCACCAAAUCUCGAGCCAGGAAGGCCAUCCUCCUCAUCUUUCUGUGGUCCGUUGUCUACAACGUGCCGCGCUGCUUCCACUACAGCGCCGAGCGCCACGUGGACAACGCCACCGGCGAGGCUGUGGCGCGCCUGCACGAGACGGAGCUGGGCAAGACGGAGACCUUCCAGCACGUGUACAUCAUCUACUUCCAGCUCUUCUUUAUGUUCCUGCUGCCCUUCCUCGUCAUCCUCGUGCUCAACGCCGCGCUCAUGCGCGCCAUCAACCGCUCGCGCAACACGCGCCAGAGGAUGUCCACCUCGGCCACGCGUGAACACAACCUCACCGUCAUGCUCGUCGCCGUCAUCCUCGCCUUCCUCGUCUGCCAGUUCCCUACCAUCGUCGACAACAUCCUGGUGGCCAUCGUGGGCUUUGAGAUGCACGGCAGCAUCUUCGCCUUUAUGGUCUUCUACACCAUCUGCACCUUCAUGGUCACCAUCAAUGCUUCCCUCAACUUCGUCCUGUACUGCCUCUUCGGAAAGAAGUUCCGCCUCGUGCUGUUGCACAUCCUGGGCCUGCGGGCGGCCAAGAAGGAGUGCCAUUAUCGGAGUACCAUCUAUCAGUCCAGGACUAACGGUACGAGGACGACCAACUGCGAUAUGAAAGUGUCCUUGGUGUGACCGCACGCGCGCCCUUGUUGGCGGUGGACAAAGUCUCGUGUGUUAGUCGUUGUUGCUAGUGCCGUGACCGGCUCAACGUUGACUGUGAGUAUGUGCCGCUCCCUCCAGCUCACACCUUCGCCAUCGUUUCCUCUACUUCUCACUUCCUGGGCCAGCAUGUUGUUUAAAGGCUAACCCGAGCGCACAUGUUAAUUUAAAGGCCAAUACGAGGGCGGUAUGAAACUAAACCAAAGUCUGCGAGUGCCACACGUUCCUUGCUGACCUUUCUUCUCUCUACUACAAGAAAGGGAAUUCGUGCAAUGAAAACUGGAAGUGAAAUCCCGCAAAAACCGCAGGAACUGUAAGGUCUUCAUAUACAGGAAUCGCAAUGUGAUACCCAGCAGCUGUGACCCCAAACCACCAAGAGAUUUCAAUCGCUUCGGAUUGUGUGAUGUCGAUUAUCAGAAAGGUAUAUCUCGCUAAAGAGAACGGAGUAAUUCAGUCAAUCUUUAGGAUGAGGUGGGGGGGGGGGAAUGGGAGGAAUCUAACUAACGCCAGCACCUGAACAGUUUUGCUUUCGGGUUAGCCUUUAAAAUUCAUCUCAUGCGCUGUUCUUGACACUGAUACAAGUUUCUGUUAUUGUAUCCUCUUGUGUCGUUGGCUUUUAAGAGCUCGUAUGUGCAAGACAGUGAGUGUUUCUAUACACCUUAAUUACUCACAUACUAACCUCACUUUCUUUCCGGAGUUAAUCCCUGAAAGUGUAUAUCACCCUUUCUAAGAAGUCUUCUUUUAGUGUUACAUUUGGAUUCUUUAUUUUACCGAAGAUCAGUUUUUACUUCCUGCUGCAAUAUUUCCUCACCACUAAUCUUGCUGCUGUAUUGUUAUAUUUCUGCAAAUCAUCCAACAUCUGUAGAUUAUGUUCCUAAAAAUAAUGCAACACCUGCAGAUAGUUAUAUUCCAACAGAUAACCCGUGUAACAUCUGUAGAUUGUUAUCCUCCUACAGAUCACCUACCCGACACCUGUAGAUUGUUUUCCAUCACUAUGUUCCCAGCUUUUCACAGCUGCUUACAAUUGUUCACUCCCUGCUUGCUUUAUGUUUGCAUCACUGUUCACAGGCUUUGGCAUCUUCCUCAUGUUAGGAUGUAGCAGCAUGACAAAGGAUGAAGUAGGAAGUAGGCAUGUUAUUACCGUAUCACGUUCUGUCCAUCCAUGCCCACUGGUGUAGCUGCUGUUCAAGAAUCACGUUUAACAUAGCUACAUAGCUAUACGCAGUUAUCUACAGCUUUGAAUGGCACUUUUUGUAUAUAUGCAAUGCAUGUGAAAUGUCUCUAAUUCAAGAAAAAUACUAUACAGCAGUUACAUCCAGGUUCCCUCCCCGCAAGUAAUGCAUGUACUGAUGUUAGCGAAAGAAAGGGACGAGAACCACGUUUGGCAGCUAUACCUCACACUAACUUUCAUCAUCAUCAUACCGCCCACAUUAUCACAGUUAAAAAUCGAGUAGUUUUAUUGCUGAUUACCGGCAAUCAGUUGCUUUUGGAGAUCUCAGUGAUAGUAAUUGUAAAGAUAUUCUAAAUCCAUGCUGUUGUCUUAGUCGCUAAUCAGUCAAAGCUUAAUUAUUUCAGAUUAUUAUGAGGAUAAUUAGCCUCUGCGUAUUUAUUCAGUCACUGUGUAGACGAGAGAUGAAAAUCAGACAACCCCUACACUGAUGACAGUUCUCUCGUGUAACCACCAUUCCAAAUACCUCUCCACUAGCAAAUCUGUCAUGUUGUCUGUUUAUUUUUAGUAUAUACUGUGCUCGUGACCCUGCACUUGGACAACCCUGUUACUUCUUGUUGCAGAUGUGAAGCCUGAUUUACAGUGAGUUGUUAACGCGUUUGAAAGUGAGAGUCCACAGAGUGAAAUCAUCGUCAGGCUAGCGCUGUGCCGCAGUAGCUUUGAAUGUGCGUGUCUGGGGUCUGCUUUCCUCUUGUUCAUUGUUGUGAUGGUCGAGUCCAGCCAGGUCUAAUGGUGUGAAUCACAAGCCGCCAUCGAUACCCUAACUCGAACAGAGAGAUACGUUCCUGUGAGUAUUGUAGUCCAACGUCUUCGUCAGAAAGGAAGUGUCGGUACAAAAGGGUGUCUUUGAAAACUGUUAGCUACAACACACAAACAGGAGUGUUUUCUGAUCUCAUCCCCACACUGUGGAUCCGUUGUGCCGCUCAAUGUUUACCCACUGAUGUUACUUAACAUUGUCUCUGAGUUUCGAGAGUAUAUAUGUGCAGUGAAGAAAAUGAGGACUGAGAGGCUGUAGUCAAGAGCAAAGUUACCCCGACGGUAGCUACGGACCGAAACGGUUGUGGGGUUCAAACAAUCCCAGGGAAUGACUGUAUCUCGGUUACAACUACGGCCCUAGGAGGAUACUUGGAUAACUGAAAUCAUUUUCUCUUCCAGUCUUUGUGAGUGUAGAGAAGGGGGACGAGUGGAGAUGGAUUUAAACAGAAAAUGUGAAAAGACAACUGAGGUCUAAACAUCUCCCAGUCUGGGACUACGAGACUUAUAGUCCACCUGGGAUUUCCAUAACUUCAUGUGUUGUUUGUUAAAUGCGAUGUGUACAGUAUGUGAGACUUGGUGGUGGUUUGGUGAGAAGCAGAUACAGCCGUGGGGACACGUCGUUCAUUACUCUCGUCUUGUGAUGGCGUCACAGGCCCUGACACAGGGCCAGCCAGUCUUUGUGAUAUGGUUACGUGGUAUCUGUUACUGUUGUUUCGUGAAUACUGCGAAAAAUUUGCUUUUGUAAGGUGGAAAGUGUAUAAAAUAUACUUGAGAUUUACGA